CUUGGACCUCGCAACACGUAGCCCAUACAAAGGCCAGGGAUCAUCCUAGCGAACCUGGCAUUCCCGUUCCCAUCCAGUUUUUCCCCUUCUCCCAACCCUAACGGACUUGUAACCAUUGAAUCCCCGAAGGUGCAUUUGGCGAGGGGCUGUGCUGUGAUUGUCCACCUGCUCACGCUAAGCCCCCCAAGGCUCCAGCAAUUCUUUCUGCUUCCUCAUCCCUUCAAACCUUGGACGAGGAAAACGGGAAGGAGAACGAGAAAACGAGGGGAAGAGAGGUGAGAGGGUGAGGUGACUUUGACUCGACUGGUCAAUUCUCAUCCCAACCUAAAGACUCUCUGCUCGGCUCCGCAUCCAAGCAGCCUCGCAACCUGAGCAGUCAAGUCGUCGGUCGGUUCGCCUGCGGUGUGCCAACUCACAGACUCGGUUCAAAAUCUCUCUUUCUUUGUCUGCGUCUUUGUCACCGCCAUCACCGCCAACACCGCCAUCACCACCAGCAGUUCCGAGCUAUCCAAAACAUCCAAGACCACCCGAGUCGACCUGAUUCUCUGCCUCCAGGCCCCAACCCUACCAGUGCUUCCCGAUCAGCCAAUUCCUCAGAGCCUCCAAGAGCCUCAUCCCGACCUUGUGUUACAAAUACCCCUCACUUUCCCGCCAUCUUAUCAACUGACUCGAGUCACACUGGUACCAGCAUCAAGCCCUUUUGCUUUCCCGGUAUGAGAGUCUUACCACCCCUCCCCCAAUUUUGCUUUCGUCUUGGGCCAAUGCAUUGCCAUUCCUCUUCAGCCGCUACGUGCCCGAAUACGCAAGUCACCACCCUUGCCUUGCCGCCUGACCACGGUCUGGAACCAUUUGAGUUCGUCAAAACCCUACCCCUCCCCCAUUCCCCGCUGCUCGUUCCUUUCUGGCAAUCAGUUGGCAUGUCCUGCGGGCCAUCGAUACGGGCAAUAGCAGCACGUCCAGCGAGUCCCUGUUGUUUCCAUGUCAAGCGCUCCUGCUGGAGGGUGUCCAACCGGUGAAGUUGAAAAUUUCACGCACUGACAUGUCAUAUGGUCCAGAGACAUCGAUCCCAGACGACAUUUGCCUCCAUAGUCAAACAAUACUCUUUGCUCGUCUCAGCGCCGUUGCCUCAUCCGUAUUGCGGAUGAUCUGCCAUGUGAUUUGUCGUGCUCACUCAUGUCCAAAGAUCAAGAUAUCUAUUUCGACGUCGAGCGGGAUAUUAUUGCACCCCUCAGAAGCCCCGGCCUUGAGCCAGUGAAGCCAGAGUACGGGCCACGAUCUAGCCCUGCACCGCUUGUGCCCAUCGACGAGCUAUCUUCUAAUCCCUCCGAGGCGGAGGAUAGGGAAGCACUGCGACAUCGGGAGAAGCCUCUAGCACGAAAGGGUCGAGCCAACCGCACCUUUGCCGAUGGCGUACUGAUUCUGAACCUAGAUCCUAAUCAACGCACACUUGCUAGCGAAGCACGGCGAGAGCCUUUGGACUCGAGAAGUCAAUCGGAAGAGGAAGAAGAGGAGGAAGAGGAGGAAGAGGACGGCGACGAUGACGACGACAAUGCGGCCCAACGUGGCCGGAGACAGAUGAGAAGGCCCAAAAGGGUCAUUCGGCAUGGAGCACACCGGGUUUCAAUCAAACCAAGGCCGGUGCCGCGGAAGGCCUUGCUUGCCGAUCCAGAUGGUCCUGAUGACGGGGACGACGAGGACGAGGACUUCCCCAUGGUGGACACUCCCGCCAGUGUGGCUGAAGAGCAACCGGUACGGUCGCCUCGGGUUACGCAGGGUAUCCAAAAGUCGACAGGACAGGCUCAUACUGCCUCCAAGCACGCAGAUCUGUCGAGAAAGCAAUUCGAUACAAUCCCACCCCCGAGAACUCGCCCGCUGUAUCCGAAUUUGCGGCUGAAUCUUACUACGAACAUUCGUGACGGCGAUCAAGAUGACGACUCAAUCCUCAAGUCACCCAUUCUGGGAAAGUUUGCGAUAUCUCCCCGUGAUGCACAUCCAGAUUUCACCUUGCCAGCCAUGCAACAGAGGUCCCCACCACGUUCCUCGCCUGCAGGUCUACCAGACUAUAGGAUGACGCUUCCGUCUUUGAAGAUCGCCAUUGGAGACCUACCUGACCCAAGCCCGGGGGCAUUUGCCUGCCUGUCUCCGAGCAUGGGUCGGCCCUUUGCCUCUUAUGCGUCUCCGGCGUCGUACACAGCAUAUUCCGCCAUGUCUCCACCGGAUCCCCCCUCUCACAACAACUGGCGGACGACGACGGGGAAUUCCAAUACGUCAACAUUUUCAGAUUAUACUUCCUCGAAUUCUCUCUCUGUCUCGACUCCAGCCUCGUCCAUCAUCACGCCAUCUCCGGCAGCCUCCGGUCCCUCUUCAUUAACCGCACUACCUGAGCACGAUCAGGAGGAGCAAGAGGAGGGCAGCAGGAUGCAUCAUGUCCCAACCAUGGACACCGACCUCCUACCUAAAGGCGAAGUUCGAUUCAUAUCUCUAUAUCAGCCUGAAGCGGGUUCAAACCCCCGAUUAAAACUUCGAUUUCAACGGCCCAAACCUCAGCCCAAACCCGCCGCUCGAUCGAAGCUUCAGCCUCAACCUCAGUCUCCCCCUGAGCCUGAACCUCAACCCGAGCUCGAAGCCCAGCCCCAACCCCAAGCGCAACCUCAGCCUCAGCCUCAACCUCAAAUGCAACCUGUGACCCAACCCGAGGCUGGAUCUCAGGCUGGAUCCGAGACCGAAUCCGAGCUCUCCGAGCUAUCCGAACUUGAAUCUGAUCUUGAUUCGGAGUCUGAACAGCCUCAGCCAGAAGCGCAAUCUGCGUCGAAAACUCAACCUCGAUCUGUGUCUCACCCAAGACCUCAGCCCGAGCUGGCCCCCAACCCCGCCUCAGUUGCUCGCUUUUCGCUGGGUCCUUUCAAGUGCACCCACGAAGGAUGUAAUGCUGCACCGUUUCAGACUCAAUACCUGUUAAACAGCCAUAUGAAUGUCCAUUCUAACGAGCGAACUCAUUUCUGUCCGAUCAAAGAUUGCCCUCGGGGGUAUGGUGGCCUGGGCUUUAAGAGGAAGAAUGAGAUGAUCAGACAUGGCUUGGUUCAUAGAUCUCCCGGGUAUAUAUGUCCUUUCUGUCCGGACCAGCAACAUCGGUAUCCUCGGCCCGACAACCUGCAGCGGCACGUACGGCAGCAUCACUCGGAUGAAGAUCGUCUUGACCCUAGACUCCGCGAGGUCCUCAAUCAACGCACCGAUGGAAACAACAAGGCGGGAAAAAGGCGCAUGCGCUUGUUCUGACCAUUGUAGACUAUCGUGCUCAGGACCCUGUCAAGUUCAACAGGUAUACCCUCCCUCACCGUGUCACUUAGCGGCUUUGAGCUGAGUACGAAGGGAUUCCAUCACCUGAGACUGGAGACGAGGCCUCACAGAUUUGCCAAACCGGAGAUCUUUUUGCGUUGGAUUCUUGUACAGCACAUUCGCAUCGAUUGUCACGGCGCCAGUUUUUUGUAUUCUUUUGUGCUUCAAAUGCCUAACAGCAGCAGCAUGAAAGAAGGUUUCUAUGUCGAAGUUUAUGGUCGCAAAGGCACACGAUCAAUUUAGAAGGGGGAUAUGAGCACCCUUGGGCUCAGCCUUUUCCAGUUGCACUGCUCCCCGAUGUUCACUGCCACUCCUUUCGACACCAAAUCACCUCCUAGCGGAGGGAACGGAUGGCCAGAAGGCUAUGGCUCCAUGUCGGAGGGCUUAUACACUGGUUGAUUUGUUUCAAAAGGCCUGAGUCGCAGGAUGAGUUUCAUCGGUACGUUUUUACGAUGUUAUGACUUUGAUGACCACGGCCAUGCCCUGUUAUGUAUGACGCUUCUGGCAGAGCCGCAAGAAACUCUGGCAAAUGUCUAUAUAGCUCUAGGAACCGAUGGGUUUAAGUACCGAACGGAGUCGAUUGGGAAUACAGACUUGACGACACGGAGGAAGCCAGGGAGGAAAACACGGAGAUUGUUUGUUCAACCUUGAGAUGGUGUCUAGGGGAACUCUUUCUUCUUCUUCCAUGCUCUUGUCCCCCCCCCUCCCCCUCCCCCAAAACACAGGAGAGGAAUAGGCUACUACAAACCUGUGGUACUCGUAUGGGCCUCGAAAGCAAAGUCGGCGCUCAGGAGUGUGCCCGCUCAGCAGCCACCAGUAGUGCGGCCCAAAGCCACCAUGGGCACCCAGAAGGUGGAAAACAAAGAGGCAUGGUGGAAAGUAAGCGGCUUGAUGGCGGCUUAUUACCUUUGAGGGGACAGAGCCCAGAAAGAGCGAUAUUACGAGUCCAUGUUCCAUGCUUGGAUUCCAUCAUUACCACUCGACGAACUGUCACAUUUCCGUUCUCUCUCCCCUCCCUCCCCCCC